AUGAAGCGUAACUAUGAAUUUGAAUGCAUGGGAUUAGCUAAGAGACUCAUAGGGAUUUGUACAGUAAAUGCUAAUGGCGAGACAAAGCGCCAACGUACAUCGUAUACACGCUAUCAGACGCUAGAAUUAGAAAAAGAGUUCCACUUUAAUCGCUAUUUGACGCGAAGACGACGAAUUGAAAUUGCUCAUGCACUGUGUUUGACUGAGCGACAGAUUAAGAUUUGGUUCCAAAAUCGUCGCAUGAAGUGGAAAAAAGAACAUAAAAUGGCCUCGAUGAACAUCGUACCCUACCACAUGUCACCUUAUGGUCAUCCAUACGCUCAAUUCGAUAUACAUCCUUCACAGUUCGCCCAUUUGUCCGCAUAG